GAAGAGUGGCGGCGACCUUGGCCAAUGGAAGGCCGUGACGGCCGUUGCGAGGCGGGCCCGGCUGGGCAGACGGGAGGCGCGGCGACCGUGUCUGAAGAGAGCUGGAGAAGGCUGUGGGAGGUGGUGGCAGCCGCAGCGCGGGCGCCUGAGGAGGAGGAGGAGGAGGAGGAGGAGGAGAAGCGGGAGGCAGCAUGGUGCCUGGGGCACCAUGGGCCCCGACAGAGUGACAGCCAGGGAACUGUGUGAGAAUGACGACCUCGCCACCAGCCUCGUCCUGGACCCCUACCUCGGCUUCCGCACCCAUAAGAUGAACGUCAGCCCCGUGCCCCCCCUGCGGCGACAGCACCACCUGCGCUCAGCGCUGGAGGCCUUCCUGAGGCAGCGGGACCUGGAGGCUGCGUACCGGGCCCUGACGCUGGGAGGCUGGAUGGCCCACUACUUCCAGAGCCGGGGCCCGCGGCAGGAGGCUGCCCUCAAGACCCACAUCUAUCGCUACCUCCGAGCCUUCCUGCCUGAAAGCGGCUUCACCAUCUUGCCCUGUACCCGUUAUUCCAUGGAGACAAAUGGAGCCAAGAUUGUGUCUACCCGCGCUUGGAAAAAGAACGAGAAGUUGGAGCUGCUGGUGGGCUGCAUCGCAGAGCUGCGGGAGGCGGACGAGGGGCUGCUGAGGGCCGGGGAGAAUGACUUCAGUAUCAUGUACUCCACCCGCAAGCGCAGCGCUCAGCUGUGGCUCGGCCCGGCCGCCUUCAUCAACCACGACUGCAAACCCAACUGCAAGUUCGUACCUGCAGAUGGGAACGCCGCCUGCGUGAAGGUGCUCCGGGACAUCGAGCCAGGGGACGAGGUGACCUGCUUCUACGGCGAAGGCUUCUUCGGUGAAAAGAAUGAGCACUGUGAAUGCUACACCUGCGAGAGGAGAGGCGAAGGAGCUUUCCGACUGCAGCCCAAGGAGCCCCUGCCGCCCCGGCCCGUGGACAAGUAUGAGCUCCGGGAGACGAAGCGGCGGCUGCAGCAGGGCCUGGAUGGCCCCCGGGCCUGUGCCCACCCACCCCCGCUGCGCCGGGACCUGUUCUGCGGUAGUCGGGAGGGCAGGCACGUCUGCCUGAGGCCGCACAGCUGGUACGUGGACAGAGCCCGCCUUGCUGCCAGGUUUCUGCCUCAACCACCAGGUAGAUGGAGCCCCAACCACGAUAGGGAAGUGAGAGGAGUGUGUGUUGGGUCCAGUGAGCUGGCGGGCCCUGGGAUGUUUGGGUGGAGCUGGGGCUUGGGAACCCCAGAGGGAGGGCCGAAGUGUCAAGGCUCAAGCUGAGAACCCCGUCAUACACUUGGGGGCCAGAGCAAGGAAGCGGAGAAUCUGGCUGGGGGAGGAGGAGGAGGGAGUUGAAAGAAACAGGAAAUAAUUACAGGCCAGAGUCUCAGGAAGCCCCGCACUCUGCAGUGCCUUCCCCAAAGCUUUCUAAGUUCCCCUCCUUGGGUUACUGGGACGGUAGGGAGCCAGGCAGGACAUCCCAAUCCUGGAUCCCAUUUCUCCCCUUGGGGGAGCUCUCUGAUGCUUUUACCCUGUGCAUGGGGCUGACCAGAUGCCUGCAGGAGCUCCAGGGCCCUGUUGAUGGUGUUGGUCAUCCUGGGGUUGCUGAUCCAGGAGGGCAGCUGACGAUCGGUCACCCCCACCUCCAACAUGAUAUUGGGCACCAGAAUCAGGCCGACAUGAGGACUCUCAAAUUAUUUACAUAGAGAACCCACACACCCUGAGGACAGCUGCACUGGACACUGUCCUGGCUUGUGACACAGCAUCACCCUCCCCACGGCCCUGUGAAGUCUAGGUAUCGUUAUCACUGUAUUUUAGGUGAGAAGGCCACAGUGCAGAGGGCUUAGGAAGUUUGUCUGGGGCCACAAGGCUGGCAAGCUUCAGGGCCAGGACUUGAACCCAUUCUCAGAGCUCAACCAGGCUCUGAGAUCCUUGGGAUGGGAAAGAGGCAGACACCAGAGGGGAGGCUGGGGCCGUGCCCACUGGAGACUCAGGGCUUGUUUCAGCAGUGGCUUCCAUGGGAGGGGGGAGUGGGUGGAGACGAGGGCCAGAGCAGUGCCUGGAGGGUUCAUGGAGCAACGGGUGAAGGGCACCGAGUGGUUUUGUGAUUUUGACCGGGAAGCACCUGACCCUUUCAGUAGACUGGGAGGAAGGAGCUGCAGAGGGAGGGGAAGAGGGUAAGUGUGCGGUUGAUGGGCUGGGACUGGGAGGGGGUAGCAGGGAGAGGAGGAGGAGAGCAGGGAUGCAGGUUGUGAGGAGGGAUGGGGAAGUCAGUUUCCUUUGUCCCGGGAGGCUGUUUUGGGACAGUGAGCUUGACAUUGGGGGUUUCAGGAUGUGGGCGGGCGAAGAUGGCCCAGGAGCCUAGGAAGAGGUGUUCAGAGCCAGAGUUUGGGGCCUGAGAGUGUUGGCCCAGCCAGCUGGAAGUGAAGUGGGUCUGGCCCUGCCCUGGGUUCAGGCAUCCAUAGGGCAGUGGUGGCCAGAAGGGAAGCCAGGAGUGUAAGAACGUCCCAGGAGUGGUCAAGGGAUGGUGGCAGGGAUCCUGGCCCCAGAGGGAAAGAAGGGGGAACUGGGGGGGCUGCUGGCCCACAGGGCGAGAACACACUGCCAGCACUGGCGCUCUGGUGAGGUCAGGAGGCUGGCUGUGGCUGCACAGGUGUCAGGCCUUGUGCUUGGAUGCUACCUGGAUGACCUCACCAAGUGCUCAGACAGCCGCCACCCCAUUCAUUCGGUGACUCAGAGCUGCCUGGACUGCGUGGCAUCACGGCUUUCCUUCUUUCCUGCAGCAGCGCCACCUCUGUGCAGGCCAGAGGUCUGCAGGUCGGGGGAGGUCACAUGAACGACUCACCCCCUCCUGUAGCUUCCAGCCUGUCUGUCUGAGUCCACACCCCAUGCCCUCA